AUGCGCGUUGAACAAUUGAUCAUUCGGAAACGCGGCGUUAUUUCGGUCGCUUUUGAAAUCGGCGCGGAGGUCGCCGUUGUGUACACUAGGAACCCGCCAGAGGACCUGGCGUCCUUUAUCGGGACUAUGACCGGGACCACGGUCGAUCUCUUGCCGGAGCUCCAGUCAGACGACGAGGAGGACGAGUCGGAAGCGAAGUCGGAUAAGGAUACCGAUAUCGACAACGCGGAAAAGGAAAAUGGCGGCGGACAACCAGAGUAUCUCGACAAGAGUGGACAGACCUUCCGCGCCGUGGCAAAGAAGAAUGCCAAAAAGAAAAACACCAUCUCGCAGGGAGCCAGCUCGCUUACUGAGAGACUUCGUGCCCAGAGGGAAGAAGAGUCGCGGAAGAAGGCUAGAGGUAAUAGACUCAUGGGCAGCAUUGGUCGUGGCAUCAAUUCUGGAUGGGGAUUUUGGUGA